CCGCAAGGCAUUCAUUUCCUCCUACGGUGGAUGCGGACGCCGGGAGGAGGAGAGCCCCAGAGCGAGGAGCUGGGAGCCGAGGCACAGGCAAUGCUCAGCCCUGGAUGUAGCUGAGAGGCUGGGAGAGACCCACCGCCGGAGACCGAGCGAAAACACGUAGCGACACCGAAGACCAGCCCCAAUGAACAUGUCAGUGUUGACUUUACAAGAAUAUGAAUUCGAAAAGCAGUUCAACGAGAAUGAAGCCAUUCAAUGGAUGCAGGAAAACUGUAUAUUCGGUGCUCUUCGAACUGGUGCUUAUAUGGUGUACAUUUUGAUGACCAAGGGCCUGAAGCAGUCAGUCUGUGACCAGAGUUUUUACAAUGGACCUGUCAGCAAGUUCUGGGCUUAUGCAUUUGUGCUAAGCAAAGCACCCGAGCUAGGAGAUACAAUAUUCAUUAUUUUGAGGAAGCAAAAGCUGAUCUUCCUGCACUGGUACCACCACAUCACUGUGCUCCUGUACUCCUGGUACUCCUACAAGGACAUGGUUGCCGGGGGGGGUUGGUUCAUGACUAUGAACUAUGGCGUGCACGCCGUGAUGUACUCUUACUAUGCCUUGCGAGCGGCAGGUUUCCGAGUGUCCCGGAAGUUUGCCAUGUUCAUCACCUUGUCCCAGAUCACUCAGAUGCUGGUGGGCUGUGUCAUUAACUAUCUGGUCUUCUCCUGGAUGCAGCAGGACCAGUGUUACUCUCACUUUCAGAACAUCUUCUGGUCCUCCCUCAUGUACCUCAGCUACCUUGUGCUCUUCUGCCACUUCUUCUUUGAGGCCUACAUCGGCAAGAUGAGGAAAACCACAAAGGCUGAGUAGUGUUGGAACUGAGGAGGAAGCCAUAGCUCAGGGUCAUCAAGAAAAAUAAUAGACAAAAGAAAAAUGGCACAAGGAAUCACAUAUGGUGCAGCUACAACAAAACAUAUGAGCAAACACAAAACCCAAGGCAGCUUAGGGAUAAUUAGGUUGACUUGACCCAGUAAGUUUAUGAUCCUUUAUGGGUGAGGACUCACUGAGUGCACCUCCAUCUCCAAGGACUGCUGCUGGAAGACCCCGAUCCCUCUUUAUCUGACAACUCUAGGACACAUGGGAAGGAAAGGGAGCCAGAGGCACAGAGAGAGAAAUUGAAGGCAAACAAAGGCUAUUAACACUAAACGGAAAGAAAAAAUAGUUAAGUGUUACAUUUCUCUAAGGAUGAACGUUUACGUGAGAAACUGUGUGUGCGCGCACACACGAUACUUCUAAUCUUUUCUGACACUAAACUGGAGCCAACAGAGCAGAUACCAGUGGAAGGGACACAGGACGUAUACCUUGGACAGUAAUGCUUUUGCAAAAAUUAAAGCCUUUUUAAGAAGUGUUAAGCUGCAGCCCCAUGAGAAAAGAUGUCUUAAUCACCUCUUAUGAAACUGGAUAUAAACAACUAUUACUUCCACUGAGAGAAAGGCGUAUUUUCCCCUUCACCGCACAGCCUCAGGCUGGUGAAUGUGCCAAACCAAAGGGGCACAAUUUUUUUCCCCCAGGGUUCUUCCUGGGAGGAUGGAAACAAUGCAGCCAGUUCCUAAAGGUGUAGCUCCAUCUCGGAGCAGCUCUGAUAGAUGAACUAUGAUUUCUGAUCCUAAAUGAGAUAGGAAGCAUUUUCCUUGGUUCAGUUGCUCCAGGCUUUUGAACAGAGUAAAUAC